AUGAGACGUCCAAGUCUCCGUCGAUUUAAACAAAGCACGGAUGGGUCAUCAUCUCCUCCUGCAAAUUCUUCUUGUACACCCCCUUCCAGUUUCCGUGGCUCGUCGUAUUUUACUUCAAAGGUAGUCAAGCGGGCAAAGAAGACAAGCGAAGAUUCGCCAAACUAUUCAUCUCCCUUAUCUUUCUGGACUAAGCGGAAUUCUCCAGAAAUCGAGGAGAGUCCCCACGGAUCCACUAUUGUAAACAACCCUGGUUCUACUGUAGAAUCAAAGUCUCCAAGGAAAGACGUCCAAGACUGGAACAUUACUAGGCUUUUUGAUCCAAUUCCCAGUGAUUCGAUUAAUCAGACCCCAGUACAAGGCCCAUCUCAUAGCAACUCGGAUUGGAAUGAACCGAUAAAUUUCGAUACCAGACCAAUUGUUCCACAACAAGGAAUUGACCCACCUCGACCCGCCCGUGAAGGUUAUGAAUGGGUAUGGUUUCCAGCAGGAUACUGGGCUGAGCGCGAGCUACCAGCAGGGCUCAGCAUAACGAAUCCAGAAGGACUUAGAAGUGGUAAAACCUAUUUCUUUUCAAGAGCUGGUGAAAGUACGAGCAAUGACUCUGAGGGAUCCACAUCGCCAAAAGGCUCUCGAAGAUUUUGGGGUAGCUUCUCUUCCAGGGUUGUCAAACAGUAUUCAGGGCAAUCGUUCAAGGGAUCCAUAAACUCCGCUAUAUCUUCAAGUAAAAGUGAAAGAUUUUUGAAUACCUUACAAUCGAUAUCACCAACCCAUUCUCGGAACGGUUCUCCCUCGGUUGAAUCCGAAGGGCUUUGUGGCAAGACAAAACGCAACACACCUUUAAGACUCCAUCUUGCAGUACCCUUCAGUAGAAAGAAAAAGAAGCCCGACACGCCAUCUGUUGCGUCUUCACGAGUUACACCAUCUAGUCCUCAAACUGCACGGGUUCUCGAGGGUGCCAUUGGCUAUUUCGAUACAUACGGAGAGCAGCCAAACGCUACAUCGUCAUCCUCAAAUGCAUCAAUGGGAUCGAAGCCUCGGUGGAGAUUUGGAACCCUUCCGUGGCAUCGGAGGCUAUCUGACAACUCAAUGUCAGCCUCUAGCUCCAUAUGCGAUCUAUUGGCCGGAAAAACUCCAAUGGGAACACCAAGAUCCGAUCAACGUUAUGUUGGAGCAGCAGGAAAAUCAUACGUGAAAGUUGAAAUAUCGGAACCUGAUGCACCUACUUUUCUUCCGUCUGAAGCUCAACGAGUCGACACACCGCUGUGGUCCCCCAAGCGAGACCCCCGGCGUGGCUUUCUUUCAAACAUGUUUCCAUACGAGAGUGAGCAAAAGGUACCAGAGAAACACUGUAGUGGCACGGCGAGACAGCGACGUGAUACAAACCGCUCGACUUUACGACACUUGUUAAAAACGCCAACGCUGUUCACCCCAACUAGUCGUCAUGGGUCACCAGAAUCCGAAAGGCACUCCAAAUCGAGACCUUCAACACCCAUUAGAUCUUCUGUGUCGCAACACUUUUCCAAAGCCCAUGCCUUUGAACUCAAUGUUCCUGAUCAUUUACCUAACAGUCCCCUAUGCCCUGCAAAUCCUAUGCAUCCGAGCAAAGGUCAAGCAGUAUGUCCAAUGCAUGGUCGCAAUAGAACUCAGAGUCACUCGCCUAGUUUUAGUCGAAGUAGAACGCCUGAUAUCGAGAUAAGAGUAAUAUCAGAUCAAGAGUGA